AUGUCUGAAGGCUUCAAUUUUCAAGGAUACUCUCAAUCCUCAUACCAACACACUGAAGAAUAUACCAGCAACAGCUUCGAGCACCCUCCCCCAUACCCUGGCACCACGACUACUACCACCACCAGCAGUUACAGUUACUCUAGCUAUGGAGCACCCGAGUCAUCUGGCGGCAUGGUGGGAGCUGGUGAUGAUGAGGAUGAUAAUACGCUCAAGGAUCAAGAAGACGAUGGUCAACUCUUCCUCAAGGUCAAUCCCAAGUAUGAAAACAAAAAAGUCGAUUUCAAGCUCUCUCACUGCAGUGGCCGUAAGCGAGCCUUGUUGAUUGGUAUCAACUACUUUAAUACACCUAAUCAACUCGAUGGGUGUAUCAAUGAUGUGCACAAUAUCAAGAACUUUUUGACCACGCUUUGGGGUUUUCAGGAACAAGAUAUGGUUAUUCUCACUGAUGAUCAAGAAGAAGCCCGCUUCAUUCCAACGCGUGCCAACAUCAUUGCUGCCAUGAAAUGGUUGGUGAGCGAUGCUCAAGAGGAUGACUCAUUCUUCUUCCAUUACAGUGGACAUGGUGGAUAUCUUGCCGAUGAUGAUGGUGAUGAGGAUGAUGGCUAUGAUGAAACUAUUUUCCCGGUCGACCAUGAGAACUAUGACGAUACCACAGGCCAAAUUAGAGACGAUGAAAUGCAUGAUUUGCUUGUCAAGCCCCUUCCCGAAGGUAGCAGGUUGACCGCAAUCUUUGACAGUUGUCACUCAGGCACCGUGUUGGAUCUUCCCUACACUUAUUCGACCAAGGGUACACUUAAGGAGCAAAACAUGUUUAAGCAUGCUGGCAAAGGACUUCUUGAAGUGGGAUUGGCGUAUGCUACGGGUGAUCGUGAAGCUGCCCUGACUUCGUUGAUUGGAUUGGGUCAAAGUUUGUUGAAGGCACGCGAUACUCAGGAAGAAAACAGACAAACCAAUAGCUCCUUGGCUGAUGUUAUCAUGUUUAGCGGUUGUAAAGAUGACCAAACUUCAGCUGAUGCUCAAGAAGCUGGCAAGGCUACGGGUGCCAUGAGCUAUGCAUUUACGACAACGUUGCGGGAGAAUCCCAACCAAACCUAUAACCAGCUAUUGAACAAUGUGCGUGAUAUUUUGCGUGAUCGAUACGCACAGCGUCCACAGCUUAGUUCCUCGCAUCCUCUUGAUUAUCAGCUACGUGGAAGUUCGGUGGUGGUUGGUGGACCUUGCUUGCUCGCUUACCCGUUUUUCUUCCGACUCAACAUGAACGACGAAUCCACUGAUGGUGCUCCCAACAGCUUUAUGGAGAAGAAGGCAGCAUUGGAAAGACGAUGGCAACGAAUACUAGAUGACACUACUCCUUUCGUACAAUAUCGUUGGAUUGGCACUGGUGUAUUGUUACUUCUCUUUUUGGCGCGUAUUUUGUAUGCACAAGGCUGGUAUAUUGUCACUUAUGCGUUGGGCAUCUACUUGUUGAAUCUGUUCCUCGCUUUCUUGACACCCAAGUUUGACCCAUCGAUCGAAUUGGAUACACAAGAAAAUGAAAUGGAAGAAGGCCCUGCAUUGCCCACCAAGGCGGAUGAGGAGUUUAAGCCUUUUAUCCGACGUCUUCCCGAGUUCAAGUUUUGGUACUCUGCUACCAAGGCUACCGUGAUUGCCAUUGUAUGCAGCUUCUUUAGCAUCUUUGAUAUCCCAGUCUUUUGGCCCAUUCUUUUGGUGUACUUUUGCAUUCUUUUCGCCAUCACCAUGCGAAGGCAAAUCAAGCAUAUGAUCAAGUACCGAUACAUCCCAUUCGAUUGGGGAAAGAAGAAUUAUGGACCAAGCAGUAGCCGAAGCAGGUGA